GUUCAUUGGAAGAGAAGCCUAGGGUGGGCGGGGCUUCCGGAGCGGGCGGAGCGCGCGGGAGAUCUCGCAAGGCGGCUGAGCCUGCAGGUAGUUAACAUUGGGAUUUGCUGCCAUUACUGUGUCUCGCUGGAAGUUUUUCAUGCUCGUGGUGAACCCACUGAGGAAAUGGACUUGGAUCAACUGGACCUAAACCCCAGAAUUACUGCUGCAAUUAAGAAGGGUAUACUGAAGUCCGUGAAGGAGGUUCUGUGCUACUCCGGCCCAGACUUGCAGCGGCUCACCAGCCUGCCCACACACGAUGUGCACCGCCUGCUGAAAGCGGCCUCUCUACACCUUCAGGGCAGCCGUGUCCUUACAGCACUGCAGCUGUUCCAGCAGAGAGAGAGCUUCCCCGAGCAGCAUCAGCGCCUGAGCCUGGGCUGCCCGGUCCUGGAUCAGUUCCUGGGUGGCGGCCUGCCCCUGGAGGGUAUCACUGACCUGGCUGGCCGAAGCUCGGCAGGGAAGACGCAGCUGGCGUUACAGCUCUGCCUGACCGUGCAGUUCCCACGGCAAUAUGGAGGCCUGGAGGCUGGGGCCGUCUACAUCUGCACAGAGGAUGUCUUCCCCAGCAAGCGGCUGUGGCAGCUCAUAGAACAGCAGCAGCAGCUGCGGACAGAUGUGCCUGGGGAGGUGGUCCAGAAGAUCAAGUUCAGCAACCACAUCUUCGUUGAACAUGCGGCUGAUGUGGACGCCUUGUUGGAGUGUGUGAGUAAGAGGGUCCCCAUUCUGCUGUCAAGGGGAAUGGCCCGUCUGGUGGUGGUCGACUCUGUCGCAGCCCCGUUUCGUUGUGAGUACGAUGCUCAGGCCUUGGCCACCAGGGCCAAGCGCCUGCAGUCACUGGGGGCCACGCUCCGAAGUCUGAGCAGCACCUUCCGGAGCCCCGUGCUGUGCAUCAACCAGGUGACAGACAUGGCAGAGGAGUCCACGCCCAGGCCACUGGGGGCCUGGGAUGAGCACCUCUCGCCAGCCCUGGGCAUCACCUGGGCCAACCAGCUCCUGAUGAGACUGAUGGUGGACCGGGUGCAUGAGGACGAUGCCACGGUGGGCUUGCCCAGAGGCCCAGCUCGGACCCUCCACGUGCUCUUCGCCCCGCACCUGCCCCUCUCCUCCUGUUGCUACACUGUCAGUGGGGAAGGCGUUAGAGGGAUACCAGGAACCGAGUCCUGCUAACAAUGGCACCAGUGGAUCACCUGACCAGGUCCCAAGAAACCCUGAUUCUGAUGAGUCCCUCCAGCAGUGUUAGUGGCACCUGGUGAACAGAUACCAGUGACACUUAGCAUCUGCUCUCCUCUCCCUGGGGUUCACCUACUAUUGAUCCGUAGAGUUUUGCCCCACAUACUGCCCUUCAGAGCAGUGGUUCUCAACCUGUGGGUCAAUACCCCCUUGGGGGGUCAGACAAUUCACAGGAGUUGCUUAAGACCACUGGAAAACACAGGUAUUUACAUUAUGAUUCAUAACAGUAUCAAAAUUACAGUUGUGAAGUAGCAGUGAAAUAACUUUAUGGUUGGGGUCACCAAGACAUGAAGAUUGGAUUUAAGGGCUGCAGCGUUAGGAAGGUGGAAAACCACUGGUUUAGAGGAUGACUGGCCGACCAGGGGUCCUGGCAGUCCUGAGGGUGUCUGCUGCUGGGAACCCCAGAAUGACGAGGCUCAGCUCUUGCCUCUUCUGCUUUCUGCCUGGGGCUGAGCCAGCAGCUGGUCUGGUGGGGCCGCCUCCUGCAGGGUGGUCCUAACCCACAAACAGGCAGGGAUGCUCACCACUCAGGCCAAGUGGGGCACGCAGUGAGGUACUUUCCCGCUGUGCCCCUCCCCACACAUACACAACAUGGUGGGGCAGAGGAGAAAACAAGCUGACCUCGGCCCCUGGUUCCAGAACAGCCUCGGGAAGGAGGCAGGACUGUCCUAACCUGGUUGCCUCAGGCUGAGCAGCUUCCAGCAACUGAAGAGAGACAGCAGGAAACGGGUCUGUGUGUCCUUGCAGAGGCCUGGCUAAGUAUGUCCAGCAACUCUGGCUUGGCAGUACGUCCAGGCUGGGGGGCACUACGGAGCAUGCCACAGGACUACGGGCAUGCUCAGCAGAAGGCACCUCCUGGUGACAUCUGCUCUGGACCCCAGAAUCAUCACUUCUGGACUUGAGGCUCUACAGUCACCAAGGAAUGUGGCCUCUGAAGACAGGGGUGUGGCUUUGAUCCCUCCUGGCAGCACAGGCCUCCACCGGCAAAUGUGCCACGUAGACCCACACAGGGACAGGGCCUCACCAAGGAGUGCUGUUGCUCCAGUGGUGUGUGACUCCAGUCACUGUCCCCACUCCAAGAGGGACAGACACUCAGGGCAUAUACCACGACAUCUCCAGCAGAGCCCCGCCAUGCAUGGAGCUUCAAACCUUCAAAGCUACCUGUGGCCCCCACCCCUUUUUUGGCAAUUCUGGAGACGGAACCUAGGGUCUCCACUGUGCCCAGCCCCACCUGCUGCCUGAAAGGCUGAGGACGCUGGCCUGAGAGGCGGGACACAGCUACUUGGGGUGGGAGUGGUUUAUACAAACAGCCCCUCUGCAAAACUGGAGGGCUUUACAUCAGGAAAUAAAACUUUAUAACACA